UGGGUAGAGAAGAAAAGGAAGGAAAUAUCUGCUGCGAAACGUAGUAGCUGCAGAAGUUGAUAAAGAAAAGAAAACCUCAUGAGUGGAUACAUAAAUCCGCAUUGGGGUUCUUCUGUCAAAGACAUGGCCCCGCCUAAAUCCAGACGGCUCUAUCAUGUCUGGAAGGGAAGCAAUAAAUUUUUCUGUGGUGGGAGAAUGAUCUUUGGCCCUGAUGUUGCAUCACUAUUUUUAUCAACAUUCCUAAUAGGAACUCCUGCAAUAACCUUUUGUGGCAAAGUGUUUGCGAAGGUCAAAAAUGCUCAAGAAAUUUCUGAUCAAAUUCUUUGGUAUCCAGUGCUGGCCGUCGGAUUGGUUGUGACCUUUUUGGAUUUGAUGUUUCUCUUCUUGACAUCUGGUAGAGAUCCAGGUAUUGUCCCUAGGAAUUCAAGACCUCCUGAAUUAGAUGAAGCAUUUGAAGGGAAUACCCCAUCCAUGGAAUGGGUCAACGGGAGAAACCCUCAUAUGAGAUUGCCCAGAACAAAAGAUGUAGUUGUCAAUGGUCAUGUGAUAAAAGUGAAGUACUGUGACACUUGCUUGCUUUAUCGUCCACCUCGAGCUUCUCAUUGCUCAAUCUGUAACAACUGUGUUCAGAGGUUUGAUCACCAUUGUCCGUGGGUGGGUCAGUGCAUUGGAGUUCGCAAUUAUCGUUUCUUCUUCUUAUUUAUAUCGUCAUCAACCUUCUUGUGCAUAUAUGUCUUCUCAUUUUCUUGGGUAAACAUUCUUCGAGAGAAGCACAACGACUCCCUGUGGAAGACCAUGUCAAAAGAAAUCAUAUGCGUUAUUCUCAUAGUAUACUGUUUUAUUGCCGUUUGGUUUGUUGGGGGGCUAACAAUUUUCCAUUUCUAUCUGAUUUGUACAAACCAGACAACUUAUGAAAACUUUCGUUACCGCUAUGAUAAGAAGGAGAAUCCAUAUAAUAAGGGGAUGAUGAGAAACAUUAGAGAACUCUUUUUUUCAAGGAUCCCACCUUCAAUGAAUAAUUUCAGAGCUUGGGUAGCAGAAGAGGACAAUGAAGGCAGGUCUGUGACUUCAAGUAUUGGGGGAGGUCUUAUGGGUUCAAAAGAGAAAAUUGACAUAGAAAUGGGUAGUAAACUAGCAGAGGAUGGGGGCAUUCCGGUUCCUGAUCUUUUGCAAAAUCUGGAUUACAGUGGUAUUGAGGAUAACUUGAAGAAUAAGGAUGCAGAUGGAGGUAUUGUAUUCGAUCCAUUUUUCUUUCCUAUUGAUCAUGAACGGAGAGAAUCAGUGCAGAGCUCCACUGUUGAAGAUGAGACUAACACAGAUGAAAAAAACGAUGAAGGAAGUUGUUCCCAUCUUUCAACAACACCAAUUCUUCAUGGAUAGAGGUCUGUCCACCAAAUAUCUUCAUUAACUCAGGCUGAUCAUGAUGUGGAUGUGCUAGAUCUUUAUAGUUCAUUGGAUGGAAUGUGUUUGGUGGCUUGACAUGGCUCUGAGUUCUGCAAAUGUAGAGAUUGAAUGUCGGCUUAGUGAUGUUAUUGAAACUGAGGAGGAAAUAUGGGAAAAGACAAUAAUCAAAUUGUUCUGUUUCACUUUAAUGUUUAAAGUCCAUUUCUUAUGAUUGAAGUGUAAAAUAAUGCAGUAACCAGCAAAAAGGCCAAAGGUGCCUGUCUGUAAGUAAAACGGGCAUAGGUUGUUUCUUUUCC